GCCGCGCUGUGGCCUCUUCACCGGGGACGUGGGCGUUCUUACGGGGCGACGCCCCGAGCGCCCCCGUGAGGAGCAGCCCCCACUGGGCGGCCGCGUCCCGGCAGGAGGGAGAGCUUCCACCCACCCGAGGAGGCCGCUGCCGGCCCGGCCCGCCCCCCGCUGAGCUCAGGACCCUCCAUUCCUGCAGUGAGAGCACCUUCCCGUAGGUCCCAGUGGGGGUCGCGGGACUUCAGGGCCUCCAGCCAUGCCGCCCCCGGCCCCGCCCCUGCCGGACCGCCCCGGGCCUCACCGCGGACAUCUGCCUGCGCAUCCCUGACCCUGGCACCGGGCAGCCCCCGGAGAGGGCAUUCCAGACCGGCCUGGCCGCCAUCGUGGGUGAGGGCUGGCCCCUGGACUAUGCCCUCCAAGUCGGCCUGCCUGGGGCGCUCAGAGGCGGACCCCCCGCAGCCUGAAGGCGGGAUGCUCACGGGGCACCUCGUGAACUCGGACAGGGACCUGGCCCCCUACCCAGGAUCCCUGGCCGCUGACCGUCCUGGGCCUGAGAAGAGCCCACUGGUCCCUCUGGACGUUCCAGCAGAAAUCAGCCACGAAGACCCCCAGGCUAAGGCCAAAGCCUUCACCCCGAAGCCGCCUAUGAGGCCCCGGCUGGAGCGGGCACUGUCCCUGGAUGAGAAGGGCUGGAGGCGGCGGCGAUUCCCGAGCAGUCAGGACGACCUGGCCUCCGGCAAUGGGGCCAGCCCCUCCAGGGGCUCCUCGCCAGACGCGGUCCCCGGGCCUCCGGCCCGCACCUGCCUCCCGCCCGGCCUGAGCGCCUCGCUGCAGGAAAUCCCCACGUCCCCCGGGACUCCAGGCAGCGGCGGCAGGAGCCCCUCCUCCUGGGGCAACUGUGCUUCCGGAGCGAUGGGCACCCCCCAGGACCUCCUGCACCGGGACAGGGCCUCGGCGGGGAGCAGCCCCCGGCGGGCCGGCGGGCUUCCCUCACGCCCGCUGCCCGCCAUGGAAUGGAGCGUGGCCUCUGCCUGCCUGCGGACGGCGCACAAGGUGGACGCGGACCACGCCGACUACAAGGUCCGCGUGCAGGGCCGGCUGUUCCGGGCCCACAGCAGCCUGGGCCCCGGCCGGCCCCCCAGCCCCCUGGCCUCCGAUGACUGCUCCCUGCGCUCGGCCAAGUCCUCCUUCAGCCUCCUGGCGCCCAUCCGGGCCAAGGACGUCCGCAGCAGGAGCUACCUGGAGGGGAGCCUCCUGGCGAGCGGGGCCCUGAUGGGGGCGGAGGAGCUGGCCCGGUACUUCCCCGACCGCACCGUGGCCCUCUUCGUGGCCACGUGGAACAUGCAGGGCCAGAAGGAGCUGCCUGUGAACCUGGACGAGCUGCUGCUGCCCGCCGAAGCAGACUACGCCCAGGACCUGUACGUGGUCGGGGUGCAGGAGGGCUGCUCCGACAGGCGGGAGUGGGAGACGCGGCUGCAGGAGACGCUGGGCCCGCACUACGUGAUGCUGCACUCGGCGGCCCACGGGGCGCUGCACCUGUCCGUGCUCAUCCGCCGGGACCUCAUCUGGUUCUGCUCAGAGGUGGAGAGCUCCACGGUGACCACCCGCAUCGUGUCCCAGAUCAAGACCAAGGGGGCCCUGGGCGUCGGCUUCACCUUCUUCGGCACCUCCUUCCUCUUCAUCACCUCCCACUUCACCUCCGGAGACGGGAAGGUCGGCGAGAGGCUGCUGGACUACAGCAAGACCGUCCAGGGCCUCGCGCUGCCCAAGAACGUGCCGGACACCUGCCCCUACCGCUCGGACGCAGCGGACGUCACCACCCGCUUCGACGGCGUCUUCUGGUUCGGAGACUUCAACUUCCGCCUGAGCGGCGGCCGUGUGUCCGUGGAGGCCAUCCUGAGGCAGGACCCGGGAACCCGCGUGCCCGCCCUGCUGCAGCUAGACCAGCUCACCCGGGAGAUGCAGAGAGGGUCCAUCUUCAAGGGCUUCCAGGAGCCAGACAUCCACUUCCUGCCGUCGUACAAGUUCGACCUCGGGAAGGACUCGUACGACACCUCGUCCAAGCAGAGGACCCCGUCCUACACGGACCGGGUCAUGUACCGGAGCCGCCACAGGGAUGACAUCUGCCCGCUCACGUACUCCUCCUGCCCCGGGAUCAAGACCUCCGACCACCGCCCCGUGUACGGCCUCUUCCGGGUGAAAGUGAGGCCGGGCAGAGACAACAUCCCGCUGGCGGCUGGCAAGUUUGACCGCGAGCUGUACCUGGUAGGGAUUAAACGGCGGAUUUCCAAAGAGAUGCAGAGGCAGCAGGCCCUGAAGACGCAGCACGCCAGCGCCAUCUGCACCGUGUCCUGAGGGUCUGCCCACGGAGGGCGGGCACCGCCGCCGGAAUCCCUGGCAAGGACGAGGAGAUGCUGCCCGGACUGCGCAGCCGUGGGGACGCUGAGCGCCGUGGCCAGAGGCAGGCCGCCUUCCUGGCAGGAACCCAGCGAACUGGGCUGCAGCGGAGCCGGCCCCACCUCGUCCCUGGACCGGACCCGCUGCCCGCUUACGUUCCCCCGCAGUCACCCAGCUCUCCGCUCGGCAGGCGGAGCUGGGACCCGAGGGCACCCGCCUGGCCCACCACCAUCUCCCGGAUGCGCCUCUCCAGCUGCAGCAGCCGCACUUGACCAGCUCGCGCUGCCGCUCCAGCGUCUGCCUCCGUCCCCCGGCCCUUCCUCGGCGCACGCGCGGCCUGGUACCAUGGAGGCUGCUCGGUGGGGUGACCUGGGUCCCCAGUCCCACGGCACGUGCUGGGACCAAGCUGAGGCCAUUGGUCACCAGGCUGAAGCCAGACAACGUUCAGGGAGUGAGCUUGGUCCCCAGUGCUGGGCCGGGAGGGGGCGUGGCCAAGGUUUCGGCGCUGGCCCUGCCCUCCAGCCCCGCGGCCACCGCUGACUUCAGGCAUCUGCU